UCGAUCAGCCAAAGCAUCGAUCAGCCAAAGCAUCGAUCGCAGCCGUCGGCAUUCCCCUUUUUCCGGCUAUCAGCACCGCCAUUACCAUCAACACCAGCAGAGCCAAACCACAUAUUCCAAGUUCUCUCAAUCUCCUCGUGAAAACAUGAGCUCUCCUGCACGCAGCGAGGACAGCUUUGGUCGAGCCCGUCGUCCAGACCGAUCCCAGUCUCCCGUCUCCCGGUCGCAUCCAAGGAGCCAGAGCCCCGAUCGCAACCGUCCAGCAUCUUACGAGAACGGAAGCAAGCCAGAGAAUCCAUCCGAUGCAUAUCGACAGCAGCUCGAUCGGUUCACCAACCGCGAACGCCAGCUCAACAUUGGCCGAGAGUCUGGUCGUCCAGACCGCCCAGACCGUCCUUCGUAUGGUUCGCGGCGACGCGACGACUCAUGGGUUCGAGAUCGUGAUGGAGGCCGAGAGGCUCGCGAUGGUGCACGCCAGGCUGAUGACCGGCGAGACAGUCAAAGUCAAGACAUGGGCCAGGAUCGAGAUCACAACCGUGACCGCGACCGGGGACGAUACUACGAUCGGGACUCUCGACAGUAUAGGGGCCAAGAUCGGGACCGAGACCGAGACCGAGACCGGGACCGAGACUGGGAUCGGGACAAGAAUCGAGAGAGUUAUCAGGCCCGCGACCGAGACCAAAGCAGCCACUGGGACAGGGCCCCCAAGCUCGAGGGCCGGCCCGGCGAAAGCUAUGUCGAAACUCGCAACAGAUACCGCGAAGAGAGCAAGGUGUCGAUAUGGCCCACAUCGCCUGAGCUUGCCCCCAAGCGCGAUCCCUCGCCGGUCUCGCGCAAGUCCAAGUCCCGGACUGAUCGCGACUCGGACGCAGGCUCAGACUCGGAGGCUUCUGAAAAGCAUCACAAGUCAAAGAAGCGCUCCAAGUCAUCGAAAUCAUCGUCCAAGAAACACAGCAAAAAGUCCGACAAGAAAAAGAAGCACUCCAAGAAGCGCGAGCGCACGCCGUCACCCACACCGUCCGCGUCGUCCGCUUCAUCGCCAUCGUUUUCGCGCUCGCCUUCGAUCGAGCGAUCGACACAGGAUCAGCAACUGAGGGCCCCCGAUUCGCAAAGCAGACCGGAGCUCAACAAGCUCGACGCUGCCGCGGUCGAAGAUUACUGGAAGGAGCGCGAAGUGCAAUCCACCGGUGAUGGUAUCGUGGGACCCGUCCCGCUUCCUGAAACCGAAAUCACUUUGACCGAGCGCGAUUAUGGUGGCGCUCUGCUUGCCGGCGAAGGUUCGGCCAUGGCCGCCUAUCUGCAGGCCGGAAAGCGUAUCCCUCGUCGUGGUGAAAUCGGGCUGACCUCGGAUGAGAUCCAGCAAUACGAAGAUGUUGGAUUUGUUAUGAGCGGUAGCCGCCACAAGCGAAUGAACGCAGUUCGUAUUCGCAAGGAAAACCAGGUCAUCAGCGCCGAAGAAAAGCGAGCUCUUUUGAUCUUCAGCCAAGAACAGAAGCUCAAGAAAGACGCCGAGAUCAUAAGUAACUUCAAAGAGAUGCUCGCGCAAAAGCUUCAAGGAUCCCGGAAGGAAGAGAGCUAGUUCACCAUCGUGUUGUCCAAGAUACACGGAGAAGGGAUUAUCGAGCUUCCUAUGGUCGCAACGACACCAAACACCUGUUCCGACGUCGAAUUGCCGCACCACCACCAACACAGGCGCUGCGCUCUCUCGCAUGCGUGUAUGCACACGGCAACCCCAUGUCAACGACGGUGGAUUCGUAUGCUUCGUGGCCAUUUGACGGAUUCUGCUCAAAUCGAGACUGCAUGGAUAUCUGGUGCCUGCUAUUUUUGAUGGGUCGCAUUCACUUCGCGGUUGAACAUUGUCAGCCGUAAGAUCUCGGUGCAGCCAUCUAGUGUCGUCGAUGGCGAUUGCGAUAAACAUGUAUAUUCGGACUCCCGCGAGU